AUGUAUAUGGGAAUUCUAAAAACCAAAUUAAUCCUCCACCAGAACUUUCUCCUUCGUUUGUCCAACUUCAGCCUUCCUUCUUCCAAAAGAUACAUUUCUCGACGAAUAUAUGAGGAGGAAGCCUUUAUUGCCACUGUGCACGGAUCGACACACCAGGACAAACCUCCACUGACUUUGGAGCGCUCUCACUCUACUGAACGGUAUGACUGGCGACUGCGAGCCACCUCACGGCCACGCAAUGAACUGAAAUCAAAUACUGAAAACGGGGAUUCUCCAACACUCAUUAAGCGCGUCAAACCCCCUCAGUCUGCGCUGGAAAAGAGCUCUCCAUACUAUGCAGCCUUUAAUGAAUACAAAUCUCAUUUUUUGCCUCUACUCCAGUACGAACAGGAUGAGGAGGAAAGUGUUAUUCGAGAACGACUCGGCACCUGGUCUCUGCCAAAGCUGAAGGACGAAGGAUACACCUUGACUGGUCUCAGUGCCUACUGGUUGGAAGGAACGCGUUUUGGGAAACCUAUGGCUUCGUUUUCAUUAGGUCCUGGUCUUCAUCUACCUGAACACAAGUUCCUGAAUGGAACUCGAGUACUUCUUUCCCGGAUAGACCCCCUAAAGGAAGAGCCAUCUCGUGGCUCAGUUCUUUCUACCACCUCCACCCAUCUCACCAUAUCAUUCCCUGACCGAAGCUUCUCGCUUGACUUACCAGAGGAUUCCUCCGGCUGGAGAAUAGACCUGACCGAGAGUGACUACGUCUUUGAACUCAUGCGCACGGCUAUCGAUUCUUUCAAGUUCGAUGUUCGCAAGCAGGAACAAACGGGCAUCUUUUUGCCUCCCUCUGGUUUAGAAGGCCAACGGGAACGUGAAUACAUUCUAAUGGGUACCCAUCUGAGGGACGUUCUCCUACAGUCCUCUCAACCUUCCGAGAGUCCACAUGCUCACCGAGCACUUCAGGACGCAGAAGAUCCUAAUUAUGUCGAACGAGAUGUUUUGGAGCAUGAAUAUCAUCCUGAUCAUCUAUCGCUGCCUACCGGAGGUUUUCAAGAACUACCUCCUUCUCUCGGUGACAAUCAUGGUGCAUUUCAUGACGAUAUGUUGAUUAGCUCCUGGGCAAACAGAUAUUCACACCCCAAUCCUGUUGUGAUAGAGGGAGACCCUCAAUUCGAAGAACUCAGUCGGAUGAACGAAACCCAGAAAAGAGCAAUGGCUAUGAUGAUAGGGGAGCGUAUCAGCUUGGUUCAGGGCCCCCCCGGAACAGGAAAAACGCUUACGAUUAUUUCUACAAUUAAGCUUCUCAAAAUGCAUUUUCAGGUUCCUCAGCCAUUGCUUGUCUGUACCUAUACCAAUGUAGCCGUCGACAAUCUCGUCGAAGGCCUUGCGAAAGCAGGUCUCAAGCCUCUACGAGCUGCAUCUGCAGGGAAAACGAAGGAAUCUCUCACUAAAUGGACCCUGGAAUAUCAAAUGCAAUUACACGCACGUUAUGCAGACUGGAAAGACCUCGAAGAUCGAGUCAAGAAGAUUGGGGACACUCUGAAAGAACUCCGGAAUAAAAUCCAGAAUUUAGAACGGAAAAUGGCCAAGGAGGGUCUGAGCUCAAGGGAAACCCAGAUCAGGGACGGCAUGCUGAAAAAUGUAAUUCGACAAGGUAGAUCACUUGAUGCAACGAAGAGAAGGUCGUAUGGCUUGGAACAGGCAAUGGUAAAAGAUAUUCUUAAUAAUGCCGAUGUGAUCUGCACAACUUGUAUCACGUCGGCUUCAGCGGCGUUGAAUGCCAUCGAUUUCCCCGUCGUCUUCCUCGACGAGGCGUCCAUGUCAACGGAGCCAGCUUCACUUAUUCCGCUCAUGAAAGGAUGUCGUCACGUUGCUCUUAUAGGUGAUCACAAGCAGCUGCCUCCGGUCAUCACAAGCCCAGAAGCUCGAUCACUAGGGUUAGCUAUAAGUCUCUUUGAGCGUCUCGCUGAGGAAAGAGUCGUUCCAUCUAUCAUGCUCAACAUUCAGUAUCGUAUGCAUCCAGCCAUCUCGCAUUUUCCUUCCCUCGAAUUCUAUAAUAGUUCCUUGCUCGAUGGAACUGCCGAUACGUUUGGAUAUGUCUUACCCAGAUUGAUGCCUCCUAGUGUAUCCCCUGUAUUGCUUCCUCCGGGUGUACUUGCAAGCGUGUCGGAUUCGAAGGAAAUUGUUGAAGAUGGGGAAGUGCGGACAUCUGCUCGCCCCCCAGUCAUUUUCCUUGACCAUUCUGGGAACGAGAGUAUGAAGACGAAGAGUAGGGUCAACUGGGAUGAAGCACAUAUCGUGGCUAGUGUGGUGGAGGAUCUUCUGCUGAACAAUGAUAAUUUGAAUGGGCAAGACAUCGGAAUCAUCGCACCUUAUGUUGCCCAAAUUUCUCUGCUCACAAAACUCUUCAACGCCGAUCCCAAGUACCGUGAGCGCUUCAACACAGUACUCGGAGAGCAUCGCGCCAUGCAGUUUUCCAACAUCGAAAUCAAGACUGUUGACGGAUUCGAGGGCCGCGAAAAAGAGGUCAUCAUUUUUUCUACCGUGCGGAAUAACUCUGGAGGAUACAUUGGCUUCCUGGCUGAUCGAAGGCGGCUCAACGUUGGGCUUACUCGGGCUAAGAGGGGUCUCUUUGUCGUCGGGAGCAUGAAUACUCUACGACAGGGCAGAACUGCUCGUUCUAAUGACGGUGCCACCAAAGUUGGCAAGGGCGCAGAAAGCUGGAGACGGUACAUGGAAUAUGUAGGUCAACAUGGGCUUGUUUUGAACUUGCAGCCCGGCGAUGCGCUCGCCAAGGUGCUUCAUGGCAAUGUCAACGCUGCCGCUGCCGCUGCCAUUGCUGCUGUCUCAUCCUAG